ACCGGCCUUGUAAUCUUUGGCCACAUGUGGCCGUCUUUAUUUCCAAUGGACCAAACAAAAAUCUAACCUUGACCAAAAAAUAAUAAUCUAACCUUUUUUCACCUUAAAUAUUUCUAUCAUAUAGGCUCAUAGCUAAUACAUAAUCUCAUCAUUGAUCCUCAAUCAGAACUCAGUGGGUGAUAAUCAAAUGAAGAAGACUCAGCAGGUAAAACCAAGACUAGAAGAAUUGUACCAAGGAGUCCCAGAUGAGUCUGUUAACCUCACCUUUCAAGACCUUGCCAAUGUGAAUUCAUCACACAAGACAAUUGAACCCCUUUCAGAAGAUAGUAUUAUUAGUAACCCCACAACUGUGCCAUCACCUUCUCUUUCCCCUUUGUCCUUAACACCUAGUCAUGACUUCAAAAAAGGCUUGCAGGUAUCCAAUCUCAGCCAUCAUCAUCAUCAUGGUCUUAACCGCCGCGUUGUAGGCCAUGGAGGACACGAAUAUCAGGUUAGGCAUGCUGGUAAGGGUGCGCAUAGUCCUCAAAGCAGGGCCAGUGAGUAUAGCAUGGGCUAUGAUGCCAUGAGUGGUGAAAGUUUGGCUUCGGGAAAAGGUGGUGCUGGUCGACGAAGGCGAUCGGGGAUUCCUCAUUCUAAGAUGUGCUCUAUUUGCUGUAGUUAUGUUUAUUUUUUCAGGACUAGAUGCCUGGUAUGUGGCAGGGUUUAUUGCAAGCAGUGUGUGGAAAGAGGCAUGGGAGAGAUGACAGAAGGAAGAAAGUGUAUUGAGUGCCUUGGAUUGAGAUUCAGCCAAAGGUACAUAGAAAGAGCAGGGAUCGUGUGGUGUUGCAGUUGGAGGUAUCCAAUUACAUUGAAGCAAGUUGAGCUCAAGUGGGCUGAGAAAGGACCAAGGAGGAGCGGUGACAGAGGCUAUGGUCACCACCAUGGGAUGGCAUCAUCAAGACCAAGCACACCUACAACUCCAAGGACUCCUCUUUCUUUUGCUAGCAAUGAUCCUUCCUUUAUCAUGUCUGGAACCUAUUCUGCUUUCUCUCCUCAUCGUCACCUCCCUCUUUGAAAGCAACAAUAACUAGCAUGUUUGGAUCAUCUUCUCUUUUACCAGAAUCAAGUCUAAAACACAGAAGCUACUCAUAAAAGCUUUUUUCCUCAAAAUGAUUCUGCCUUCAGAAUCAAUUGCAAAAGGGUUGCCAAACAUGCACUUAGUAUAACUUCAAAUACUAAUAUAUAUAUCAAUGUAUCUCAUACUAGAGUGUUUUAUUAGAUACUAUUCACAGUUUGUUUUAAUUGAUUUGAUUUUAUGUUGCUUCA